AUGUCCACCGAGGAUGCUAAAGCGUAUCUCGCGGCACGAGAGGUACCUCGGCUCUUUGAGUGCCUCAUGACGGGUCUGAUGUUUCACCGACCAAACGACCACAUACAGUAUCUGAUAGACAGCCUGGAAAAGGUCAAAGCCAAAGGUCAAGAUGCAGUAACAUGGAACAUGUUUGUAGAAGCACACUCGGCUAAAACACCGCUGCCACCUAUUUUACCGGAGAACGGGAAAAGAAGACCUUUGUCAAGAGAAAGCACUAAAGAAGAUGCAAGACCAUUAUCAUCUAUGUCUGCUCCAUUGCCUCCUAUUGGCUCAGGACAGCUGAUCAAUGUGCCAGUCGUGUUUGUCAUGGGUGGACCAUGCAGUGGGAAAUCAUCACAUGCCGACAAAUUAGCCAAGAAAUAUCCAGAUUGGACCAAUAUUCAUGUGGGGGAAUUACUGAGGACCAAGAUCAACAGAAAAAAUGCCAAAGAUAAAUGGAAAACAGUGCAAGAUCUGGUCAAAAAUGGAGAGCUGGCACCCCAGGACAUUGUGUUUAACUUGUUGUGUGACCACCUGAAAAACAACAGGCAAACAAAGGGCUUCAUCAUUCAUGGAUUCCCACGAAACAUGGAGCAAGCUCAUGCAUUUGAAACAACGAUGGGACCUGUUGGUGCUCUGCUGCUAAUUGACUGCGAGGAGGACAGAUUAACCAGAAAUGCAGUGCUCAGAGCAAAGACUAGUGACAGACUGGAUGACACACCUGGUGCCUUUGCAAGACGGUUGACAAUAUUUAAAGAACAAACUUUGUCUGUUCUGAAAUAUUACGAUGAAGUGGGAAAACUGUACAUUAUCGAAGGUGACCAAGAUGACGACGCAAUAGACAGUGAACUUUCUGCCACAUUUGAUAAAAUUUUACAAACAGUAGAAAAUGGCAGAAUUCCUACUCCGCCUCCAGGAAGUCGACCAUCUACAGGAAGAUGGUCCAGAAGAUCAGUGACGCCCUCAGCCCCGCCUCAGUCACCACCUGCAUCUCCUGCAAGUUCUAAGUAUAGCUUCAAGUUGCCAAACAUCACGUUUGUUCCUCCUCCAGAAAUCAAAAUCAAAGACGAAGGUCGCAGACCUGACCUUCCUACAGCACCAAUAAUCUUCCUAGCAGGUGGACCUGGCAGUGGUAAAGGUACUCAAUGUGCAAAGAUUACCGCCAGAUAUCCAGACAUUGUUCAUAUUUCAACAGGAGACAUUCUCCGCAGGGAGAUCUCAGAAAGAGGCACAGCAGAAGAGAAGUGGAUCAUGAUAAUGAAAUUGUUGAAACAAGGAGACAUGGCACCAGUGGAUGUCACAGAAGAGUUGCUCAUCAAAACUAUGCAAGAACAUCCAGAUGCCCAGGCUUACUUGGUUGAAGGAUAUCCCAGAGAUGCUUUGCAGUAUGAAGAGUUCAACAGAAAUAUUGGUGGCCAUGCUUUCACAAUUCUGCUAGACUGUGAGAGUCAGUACCUACAUGACAGGCUGGUUCUGCGUGGUGGCAGCGGAAAUGACAGAAUUGAUGACAACGUGAAUGCUAUUGAGAAAAAACUGACAUUCUUUGCCAGAAACACUUUGCCUUUACUAAAGGUCAUUGAGGAUGAGAACAAGUUGAUUGUGAUUGAUGGUGACCGUGAUGAAGAUGAAAUAUUCUACGAUAUUGUCAAAUGUUUGGACUACAGUCUGUAUGGAGAAGAAAAAA